GUGUGGGUGGAGCGGCUUGUGGCUUUGCGGCAGGGGUUUCAGUUUGAGCGUCACGUGUGCACUCUGCAAGCUGUGCGCUGGUUUAGACCGAUUCAGUAAGGACUUUUCCUAAUGGACCCAGAAGCAGGAGGAACCAGAAGCCCUGCCUGCACACCUGCUCCUGGACACUCACAGUUUUGCGAGGAUAUGACGACCCCUGUGGAUGACGAGCAUGGAGGAUUCCAGAAUAAUCCUGUAAAGAAGGAGGAACCUGAUAAUCAAGACUGUCUUUACUGUGAGCACUGUAGAACCUUCUUCACUACCGAGUGUAACGUUCAUGGUCCAGCUGUCUUUGUGCCUGAUUCCCCUGUUCCCACGGGGGUCAUUGGCCGAGCCAUACAAACCCUUCCUCCUGGUCUAGAAGUUCGGGAGUCCAGUAUUCCUGAUGCAGGCCUGGGAGUGUUUAAUAAAGGAGAGAUCAUUCCAAUUGGUGUGCACUUCGGACCCUAUCAGGGAGAAGCUGUGAAUAGUGAUUGCUCCAUGGUGAUGUGCAAGAGAAAGCAGUGUGAGGAACACCUAGAUGCCAGAAGAGACAAAAAUGGUAACUGGAUGAGGUAUGUAAAUUUUGCUCGUAAUAAUGAUGAGCAGAAUCUGGUGGCAUUCCAGUAUCAAGGGGGAAUUCUGUAUCGUUGCUGUCAAUCCAUUAAACCUGGAAAGGAGCUCUUGCUGUCAUGUGAAGAGGAGUAUGCUGAAGAUCUCAGCAUUACAUUUGGCCACCUCAAUAAUAAACAGUGCACAGACAAUGGUAAUGCCCAAACAUUUUUAAAUAUGUUUAAUGGUUCACGGUAUGUAAAAUGUUAACAGGAUUGUAAAACUGUAAUGUGUAAUAUCAAGUCAGUGUUUUCAGUGUCUAGAAGAGCUGAUUCAACUUGUCAGCUAAUUAAUAAGCUCUUCCUGAACCAAGUUUUGAAUGGGAGGUUUUUCUAAACAGAAACUGGGAGCCACACCGGGAUAGUCCUUGGCAUAGGCAUAGAGUACCAUCUAAGGUGGAGGUGGUGUUUAAUUUGUUAUACUGCAGCCAGGAAUACAAAUACCUUCAUAACAAGUAUCUUUGAUGGCUUAUAUCAUACUGCGUCAUGGGGCAGCGCAGCACACUCGGAGGAAAGCACUACUAGUAUCCUUCUGCAUGCAUGAGCUCACAGACACCCAUGAUUGGCUAGUGUCGCUGUGAUUAAUAAGGGAGAGAGGAUAUGCCCCUCCCACUGAGAGAGCACAGCCAGUUUUGCUCUCUUGGAUUCCCAGCCAUGGAUGGCUACAGCAUUGUCAGGAUUUGAACUGCCAGUCUCUGGACAAUAGGGUAAAUGCUGUUCUGUCAUGCCACUUAGGAGCAAGCACCUGUGUUUGAAAUCUCAUGCAGAUAGCUACUGGAAGCUACUGAAUGGAGUGUAGCAAUAAGAUGAUGUGGCAGAGCUUGAACACAAUUUGGGCAGUUGCAUUCUGGAUCAUUUACAGAUAUUUAAUGGAACUCAGGGGACAACCUCCCAGGAGCAAGUUGCAGUAGUCCUAUUUCAAGAUGACAAGGGACUGAACAAGUGCCUUAGUGACCUCUGUGGAGAGAAAUGGCCUGAGUCUGGUUAGCAUGAUGAAGAGAGAAGGAUAUUACCCCAAGUUUGUGUUUCUCCAGGUAGAUCACAAGAUCUUGAUGUAUCGAUGCAUCUCCAGGGAGAUACAGCAGCUCAUCCUUGCUGGGGUUUUAUUUGCAGUUGGUGUUGACAUCCUAGGUUGUGGGUUCAAUUUGGCACUGGCUAUUGUUUCCGAGAGGGAUGAUCAUGUCAGGUGGCAUGGUGGGGUGCCACAUCUGCUCCAUGCAGACACUCCACUGGUGUCCCAUAAGGCUUAGUGCUGGGUCCUUUUCUGUUCUCUUUCUAUACCUGCUCUCUCAGUGAGGUAAUAUCCUCUCAUUUUUUCAUACCACUGCUAUGCUGAUGAUACUCAACUCAUCCUUUCCUUUCCUUUCUCAGAGACUCAUGUUUCUGCAUGGAUCUCGGUCAAAAGGCUAAGCUGCUGUUUAUCCCUCGAGAUGCAUCCCCAUAUAAGGAUCUUGUGAUCUUUCUGGAUAACUUUCAGAUAACACCUUUGAAUAAUGCCCAAAACCUUGGUGUAGUUCUCAACAACCAGCGAUCACACUUCCCCCACGUUGCUAAACCUGACUUGGUCAUGCCGGUUUCUCGUUUACAUCAUCAGGAGUAUAUGGCUGUUUCUAUCUACAGAGGCAUCUCAGGUGCUUGUUCAGUCCCUUGCCAUCUAGAGACUGGACUACUUCAACUUGCUCCUGGAAGGCGUGCCUCUGCAAGUCAUACGACACUUGCAAGUGAUCCAGUAUGUGCCUGCGAGACUUGUUUUCAACAUUACCAAAUUCUCCCACACUACCCCAGUGCUGUGUUCCCUACUCUUGCUUCCUGUAGCUGCCUGCCUUCGAUUUGGAAUGCUGAUGCACCAUGCCAACUUUGGGCAUCUAGCAUGACUUGACUGGAUCCACCAUCUCUCAAGUAGGCCUGCCGCAAUAUUCAAUAUAUCAAUUUAUUGUACGGUAAAUGAAAAUGAACUCUAACUUUUUUAACCGUGAUUUUGGCAUUUACGCACUGUACAUCUACAUAGGGAAGUUGCCAGAGUAUUAGCUUGGCCCAUUGACUGAAUAAAACACCACACUGUUUUCUGUCGUCUCACGUGGCUCUCUGUCAGAGGCGGGGCUUCCCAGCAUGCAACAGUUAUCCAGCCAGAGUAUCCACUGAAUGGGGAAAAGACAACAACACGUUGCUCCAAUGUACAGACCAUAGGCAUAGAAUUGGGUAUGGACGUGUCCCUACCAAUAUUUCUGAUUGAAGAAGGGGGGGAAAAAAUCACGUUCCAUGCGCGGUACAUAAAUGGUUACUGUUGGUUUCCACUGGGAGAAACACCACGCAAAAUUCGCUCAUGAAUAUUCUCUCUGGGGGCGUGGUCGCGAAAACAGCAAGCAUGUUUGGCUACCAUGUCAAUUAGCAAGUGCGGUUGCAGUGCAGUAACCGGCUGCUAGCUAGCGAACUGUCCUUGAGGAAUGUACUGUUAGGUUAGCUCAUAAAAUGAAUCGGUUAACAACAGUUUGUAUUCAGUGUGUAAAAACGACAACAUACGAAUAUGACUGUUUUCUAAGUUUGUGUGGCGUGUAAAUAACAAUACAACUUGAUACCGACAACAACUGGUGUUCAUUAAGGUCACAAAGACAUUAUUAAAUCAUAUCAGAUUGUGCUAAUGUUGGCUAAUAUUGCACCGAGUCUUGCUUGUGAAGUGCCUGCAAGCUUUAGCAGCCCGCUAACCCUGAAUUUGAAGCGCUUCAGUUAAGACCUGCAGAGCCCUGACCGAGUUCGGGUAACAUGACACAUGUAAACAACAACAACCCGAUGGUGAUGUGGACAUUGUUCGAGGCUCAGACACCUUUUAAUUAAAUAAAACAUUUUCACAUAAUAAGCAGAACAGUCUCCGCCUUCUUGAUCAGAAAUUUUUGGUUACUCCCGCCUCUCUUUUGAAAACGUCACAUACAGAGUGUACACACACGCUGAACUGAUUGGUUUUCGAGGCGGUUCAUUUGAAAGCAGGAGGCGAAAAACUUUUCUCUGUAGAACCCUGUCACUCCCCCCCCUCCCCCCGCUCUGGGCUCAAGAAGACAACAAAAGGGCAAUAAUAUAACAACAACCAAUCAGAAUUCAGAUACAUUCUAUUGCCACGUAAAAUUGUAACCUUUCAACGUGUCAAAGUUCUCGAGCCCUUGUGCUGUUUUACCGUUAGAUCAAUCACAUAUCAGCUUAAACUAGCAUUCUAAAACUAGUUAAAGAUCCCACAGAAGAGAGCGACUCCCCCUGCAGCCUCAUGGAACGCAGUGUUUAAGGCUCCGGAUGGGUUUUAUUUCCAUUUAUGAGAGGAAAAGAACAUACACCCUCCCGACAGUCAGUGCGGUAUUCGCUUGUAAAACACAUUUGCAAAUUGGUAGAAUGAGUUCAUCAUCACAUGCAAGAUUUGCAAUUAAUCAAAUGAAUUGCAUAUUAUUAUUAUUAUUAAUGAAUUACUACAGUUUUGAACUUCAAAUGUUAAAAGUCUGGCCUUUGGAGAGAUGAUGGAGACUCUUUUAGUGGAACACAACGGAGCAAAAUAUUGUGACCCUCUAAUGUUGACCUGAAGUUGGCAUCACUGGGGGUUGGCAUUGGGUUUUUGUCCCCACCAAUGUUAAUACCAAACCUACACCCUUGCCUACAUGUUAUCUUGUUCUAAUUGUUGUGACUUUUAUCCAAAUGACAGCUGGCACUACGUUGUUACUUUGCACUUUGUUGAUCUGGGUACGAAUCUUUGAGAAACUGGAUUGGCAGAAUGUUGCCUGUAAAGAAUGUCUUUAUUACCCUGUGCCAAGUUAAUAUUCACUUAACUGCAAUUUUUAAGAGCCAUAGAUUGUAUUUUUUAUUGUUUUUGUUGUGAGUGGUUUUGUUUGAUUUGUUCUA